AUGGAAGGUCCCAGUCAGGUGUAUCUCUUCGGAGACCAGACUGCGGAUUUCGACUCAGGUCUUCGCCGCCUGCUACAUGCAAAGAAUGAUUCGCUUGUGGUGGCAUUCUUCCAAAAGACUUAUUAUGCGUUGCGCAAGGAAAUUACUUCGCUUCCGCCAUCCGAGCGUCAGGUGUUCCCCAGAUUUACCAGUAUCAUUGAUCUGCUCGCGAGGUUCAAAGAGUCAGGGCCAAACCCAGCUCUGGAGAGUGCAUUGACGACAAUUUACCAACUUGGAUGUUUCAUCCACUACUACGGCGAUUUGGGCCAUGCUUAUCCCUCGGGUGAUGAUAACUGCAUCAUUGGUCUUUGUACAGGCCAGCUCGCAUCUGCGGCCGUGAGCUCUUCGAAAACUAUCGGGGAGCUCAUUCCCGCUGCCAUUGAGACAGUGGUUGUUUCCUUGAGACUCGGAAUGUGCGUUUUGAAAGUACAAGAGCUCAUAGAAUCAAGCAAAUCGGCAACAUCAAGCUGGUCUGUACUAAUUCAUGGCAUUCGCGAGCCCGAGGCUCACGAAUUGAUUCAGCAGUACGCGAAGAAGAAUGCUUUGCCCCGCGUUUCCAGACCUUAUAUCAGCGCAAUCAGCCCUAAUGGGCUCACAGUCAGUGGUCCUCCGACCUUCUUGGGCCGCUUCAUUGAGGAUAGUCUCUCAAAGGAGCACAAGGCUACAAGAGUUCCGAUCCACGGCCCUUACCAUGCCUCGCAUCUGUAUGACGACAGGGAUAUUAACCGAAUCAUGGAAUCUUGGCCCACCGAACAGUUCAUGGCCUACGCGCCUCAAAUCCCGGUGCUGUCAACUCAGACAGGCAAGGAAUUCCAAGCUGAUAGCCUUGAGGAGCUCUUAAGAUUCUCUCUCGAAGAGAUUCUGCAAGGACAGCUCUGUUGGGACAAAGUCAUCGAAUCUUGCCAGUCAGCCUUGCAAUCCGCCACAACAUGCACUCUGUUCCCGAUUUCCAGCACUGCAACCCAAAGUCUGUUCAACUCAUUGAAAAAGGCUGGAAUAUCCAAUCUCGAGGUUGACAGUACAAUUGGUGAUGUUCAAAAAGAUUCCGAGGAAAGCAACCGCACCGGCCGUGCCGAGCAGUCCAAGAUUGCAAUCAUUGGUCUUUCCGGAAGAUUCCCAGAGGCACCUGACACCGAAGCAUUCUGGGAUCUUUUGAAGAAAGGACUGGAUGUCCACCGCGAGGUCCCCCCAGAGCGAUGGGAUGUUAAGGCUCACGUCGACCCCGAGGGAAAGACAAGAAACACUAGCCAAGUUGAAUAUGGAUGCUGGUAUAACGACGCCGGAAUGUUUGACCCUCGGUUCUUCAAUAUGUCUCCCCGUGAAGCGCUUCAAGCAGACCCCGCCCAACGUCUGGCACUUCUUACUGCUUAUGAAGCUUUGGAGAUGGCAGGCUUCAUUCCUGAUAGCACUCCGUCUACGCAGAAAAACCGCGUGGGUGUCUUCUAUGGAAUGACUAGUGAUGACUACCGUGAGGUGAACAGUGGACAGGAUAUUGACACCUACUUCAUCCCUGGUGGUAACCGUGCUUUUACUCCUGGUCGCAUCAACUACUAUUUCAAGUUCAGCGGCCCUAGUGUCAGCGUGGAUACAGCUUGCUCCUCAAGUCUUGCGGCAAUUCAUGUGGCCUGUAAUUCCUUGUGGAGGAAUGAAAGUGAUUCCGCCGUGGCCGGUGGCGUCAACAUCCUGACAAAUCCUGACAAUCAUGCUGGUCUCGACCGUGGGCAUUUCCUAUCAAGGACUGGAAACUGCACUACCUUUGACGAUGGCGCUGAUGGCUAUUGCAGAGCAGAUGGAAUUGGCUCCAUUGUCCUGAAGAGACUCGAGGAUGCUCAGGCAGACAACGAUCCAAUCUACGGCAUCAUUGGAGGAGCCUACACCAACCACUCAGCAGAGGCUGUGUCAAUUACUCGGCCUCAUGUAGGAGCACAAUCCUUCAUCUUUGACAAGCUCCUCAACGAGUCUAACAGCGAUCCCAAAGAGAUCAGCUAUAUCGAGAUGCACGGAACCGGCACCCAGGCAGGUGAUGCCGUGGAGAUGCAGUCGGUUCUCGAUGUCUUCGCUCCUGACUACCGUCGUGGACCGAAUCAAUCCCUUCACCUCGGUUCAGCAAAGUCAAACGUUGGCCAUGGAGAGUCCGCCUCUGGUGUCACGGCUUUGAUCAAGGUCUUGAUGAUGAUGCGGAAGAAUAUGAUUCCCCCUCACUGUGGCAUUAAGACUAAGAUCAACCACAACUUCCCGACAGACUUCCCUCAGCGCAACGUGCACAUUGCGCUUGAGCCUACCCCCUGGAACAGGCCAGAUGGCGGCAAGCGAAAGACUUUCGUUAACAAUUUCUCGGCUGCCGGUGGCAACACUGCUCUGAUGGUUGAAGACGGCCCCCUCAAUGAGGAUACCGUGGAAGACUCCCGGUCUGCCUAUCCCGUGGUUGUCUCUGCUCGAUCUCAGUCUGCGCUGAAGAACAACAUCUCUGCUCUCGUGCAGUACAUCGACACAAACAAGAACUCUUUCAAUGUCAACGAGGCUAGCCUCCUUGCCAAUCUGUCUUAUACCACUACCGCGAGGCGCAUUCAUCAUCCCUUCAGGGUCGCUGUCACUGGAUCGACUCUGGAUGAAGUGAGGAGUGCAUUGGCUCCUAUCGUCAACCGAGACAGCAUCAGCCCGGCUCCUGUCAAUCCACCUGGCAUCGGCUUCAUAUUUACCGGACAGGGUGCUCAGUACGCCGGCAUGGGACGCGAACUCUUUGAGAAUUGCUCGCAAUUCCGUGCCCACAUUGAGCACUUGGAUUGUAUUGGGCAGAGCCAGGGCUUCCCAUCAAUUGUGCCCCUAAUCGAUGGUAGUGUACCGAUUGAAGAGCAUAGCCCGGUUGUUACCCAGCUGGGAACUACCUGUGUGCAGAUGGCAUUGACCAAGUACUGGACCUCUUUGAGUGUUACCCCUAACUUUGUUAUGGGCCACAGUCUCGGCGAGUUUGCUGCGCUAAAUGCUGCUGGUGUCUUGACAACCAGUGACACCAUCUACCUCGCCGGGCGACGAGCCCAACUUCUCACUGAGCAAAUCAAGGUCGGAACGCACGCCAUGCUUGCUGUCAAGUCUUCAGUAGCACAGAUCAAGCAGUUCCUUGAUGACGCUACUGAGGUGGCUUGUAUCAAUGCACCCAGCGAGACUGUUAUCAGCGGUGCAAGUGAGAGAAUUGACGAGCUUGCACAACUUCUUACCAACGAAGGUUUCAAGGCCACCAAACUGAAUGUACCUUUUGCUUUCCAUUCCGCUCAGGUUGAGCCCAUUCUUGAGAGGCUGGCAGAGAUUGGGAAGGGUGUCACCUUCAAUAAGCCCUCUAUUCCGUUUGUAUCUGCCCUUCUUGGAGAUGUCAUCAAUGAGGCCAACAGCGAGCUGCUUGGUCCUAACUACCUUGCCCGCCACUGCCGGGAGACUGUCAAUUUCCUAGGUGCUCUGGAAGCUACCCGGCACUCCAACUUGAUGAACGACAAGACCCUCUGGGUUGAGAUUGGCUCCCACCCCGUCUGCUCGGGAAUGGUCAAGGCGACUUUCGGUCCUCAGGCAACUACUGUAGCCUCUCUCCGUCGCCAGGAAGACACAUGGAAGGUUCUCUCAAAUGCUACUUCAACUCUUUAUCUGGCUGGAAUUGAGAUUAAAUGGAAGGAGUAUCACCAAGACUUCACUGCCGGACACAAAGUCCUCCCACUUCCUUCCUACAAGUGGGAUCUCAAGAACUACUGGAUUCCAUACACCAAUAACUUCUGUCUCCUCAAGGGUGCACCGGCGGCAGCACCAGUGCCUGAAGCUGAACCAGUCUCCGUGUUCUUGUCAUCAGCAGCCCAGAAAGUUUUGGAGACGAGUGGUGAUAAUUCGUCAGCAUUGAUCGUCAUCGAGAAUGACAUUGCAGACCCCGAGCUCAAUCGUGUCAUUGCAGGCCACAAGGUGAACGGUGCCUGUCUUACUCCAUCGUCCUUGUACGCCGAUAUUGCACAAACACUCGGUGAAUUCCUAGUCCAGAACUACAAGCCCGAGUGGAAAGAUCGUGGCUUUGAUAUCUGCAACGUGGUGGUCCCAAAGCCGCUUAUUGCAAAGGGAGGCAAGCAACUCUUCCGCGUCUCAGCCACCGCAAACUGGGCCGAAGAAAGUGCCAAGGUGCAGGUGUGGUCUGUGACCCCAGAGGGAAAGAAGAUUCUUGACCACGCCACUUGCAACAUCAAGUUCUUUGACCCUAUUCCUUACGCGCUAGAGUGGAAGCGCAGCUCUUACCUCAUCAAGCGAAGCAUUGAUCAUCUCCAAGAGAGCACGAUAUCCGGCCAGGCUCACCGCAUGAAGCGAGGAAUGGUCUACAAGCUCUUUGCUUCUCUGGUCGAUUAUGACGAGAACUACAAAUCCAUUCGGGAAGUCAUCCUCGACAGUGAACAACACGAGGCUACCGCUCUGGUCAAGUUCGAGGCCCCGCCAGGUAACUUCCAUCGCAAUCCGUUCUGGAUCGACAGUAUCGGUCACUUGUCUGGCUUCAUCAUGAAUGCUAGUGAUAACACCGAUUCGAAGAACCAAGUGUUCGUCAAUCAUGGAUGGGAUUCGAUGCGAUGCUUGAAGAAGUUCGAUCCGAGUAUCACUUACCGCACCUACGUGAGGAUGCAACCCUGGAAAGACUCUAUUUGGGCUGGUGAUGUCUAUAUGUUUGAGGGAGAUGAUAUUGUUGCUGUGUAUGGUGGUGUUAAGUUCCAAGCUCUGGCACGGAAGAUCCUCGACAUGGCUCUUCCUCCAGGUGGAGGAGCCCCGGCACCCACGCCAGCCGCCAAGCGUGUUCCUGGUCCCAUCAAUGUCCAGAAGGCAAAGCCUAGCGCUGUCAAGAAAGCUUCCCCUUCGCCAAAAUCUUCAAAGCCAAAUCUGGCUACCCGCGCUCUUGCAAUCCUCGCCGAAGAGGUCGGACUUUCAGCUUCUGAGCUGACUGAUGAUCUCAACUUCGCUGAUUACGGAGUUGACUCCCUGCUCUCACUCACUGUCACUGGGCGAUACCGUGAGGACAUGGGAAUCGAUCUUGACUCCUCUGUCUUCGUGGAUAACCCAACAGUGAAAGACUUCAAACGUCUCAUGGCUCAAAUGGGGCCCGCUGAAAGCAGUGAUGGAUCAAGCAGCGAAGGUGAUCUGUCCUCGGCAGUAUCCGAGAGCGACAUCUCGUCUCCAAACACCAGUGGUCUACCAACUCCUGCAAAUGAGAAGUCGAUGACACACGGAUUGCAGGAGCAGAAUGACAGCAUGAGGCAGAUUGCCGCAAUCUUGGCCGCGGAGAUCGGUGUUGGUCCCGAGGAGCUCAGUGGCGAUGCAAACCUUGGCGAAAUGGGUCUGGACUCAUUGAUGUCGCUCACAGUCCUGGGUAAGAUCCGUGAAGACAUCGAUCUUGAUCUCCCGGGAGAGUUCUUUAUUGAGAACCAAACACUCGAUGAUAUCGAGGUUACUCUGGAUCUGAAGCCCAAGCCUGCUCCAGCGGAGCCAAUCAGACUCCCCGAAGAAAUCGUCGUUCCAGUCGCCCCGGCAGCCACUCCCAGCACUGGCCCCAAGCACCCGCCGGCGACUUCGAUCCUCCUUCAAGGAAACCCAAAGACAGCGACUCAAAGGUUAUUUUUGUUCCCUGAUGGAUCUGGCUCUGCUACCUCCUAUGCUACCAUCCCUGGAAUUUCUCCCGAUGUGUGUGUCUAUGGACUAAACUGCCCAUACAUGCGCACCCCCGAGAAUCUCAAGUUCAGCCUCGAUGAGCUCACAGCUCCUUAUGUUGCUGAGAUUCGUCGCCGCCAGCCCACUGGCCCAUACAACUUUGGUGGUUGGUCCGCCGGUGGUAUCUGUGCCUACGACGCCGCGCGCCAAUUGAUCUUCAAUGAAGGCGAGCGUGUCGAGCGCCUGCUCCUCCUGGACUCACCAUUCCCCAUUGGACUGGAGAAGCUGCCUCCCCGUCUGUACAGCUUCUUCGACACGAUCGGACUGUUUGGUGAGGGCAAGGCGCCUCCACCCAAAUGGCUGCUGCCUCACUUCUUAGCCUUCAUCGACUCCUUGGACGCCUACAAGGCGGUCCCAUUCCCCUAUGAAGACCCCAAGCUGGCUGAAAAGCUCCCCAAGACCUUCAUGGUGUGGGCUAAGGAUGGUGUCUGCUCUAAGCCGGGUGAUACCCGUCCUGCACCAGCUGCAGAUGGUAGCGCAGACCCUCGUGAGAUGCUCUGGUUGUUGAACAACCGCACUGACCUCGGUCCGAAUGGUUGGGAUACCCUUGUCGGGCCGAAGCAUGUUGGUGGCAUUACCGUUAUGGAUGAUGCCAAUCAUUUCACUAUGACACGCGGCGAGAAGGCCGGUGAGCUGGCUGCCUUCAUUGCUAAGUCUAUGGCUUCGGUGUAA